AUGGGUUUCUCAAAGUGACAGAUAUUACUCAACUCACAGUGGGGUACGUCCAGAUAAACCCAUCAUUAAUUGAAAAUAUAAGUCAAAAAUGCAUUUAAUGCACCUACCCUACCAAACAUCAUAGCUUAGCAUUUUAGUAUAUGUGCUAGUAUAUGAGCACCAUAGCUUAGCCUUAAAUGUGCUCAGAAUACUUAUAUUAAUCUACAAUUGGCCAGAAUCAUCUAACACAAAGCCUAUUUUUAUAAUAAAGUGUUAAAUAGAUCAUGUGACUUACUGAAUACUGUACUGAAAGUAAAAAACAAAAAACCACACACAGUAUGGCUGUAACUGUAUCAGUGUUUUACACUCAACAUCCCGUGGCUGACUGGGGGCUGAGACUCCCUGCCACUGCCCAGCGUCAGGAGGUAUACAGUAUAUUGCUAGGCCAGAAAAAGAUCAAAAUGCAAAGGUUUCUACUGAAUGCCUAUUGCUUUUGCACCAUCCAAAAAAAACGAAAAAAUUGUAAGUCAAACAGUAAGUAGGGACCCUCUGCAUUGACAUUUUGGGGGAGAGGGGCUGUCCUGCGUUUUGUCCUGGCUGCUGAUAGCACAUCCUCGCCCCCCAGUCCCAGUCCUGAUAAUCAAAAAUGUCGCCAGACCCUGCCACAUGACCCCUAGGGGACAAAAUCGCCCGGGACUGAAAACCACCGUGCUGGAGGAAGGUCGCUGGAGGAAGGCCGACCUGCCGCGGGUCCCAGGGGGGUGGGAUAACCACCCUCCCAGGUUCUGCCCUCUAGGCUUCUCCUAGCGCACGGAAUAUUCAAGCUGCAGAGCCUUCGAAGGCGGGGUUUAUGCAGAUGAGCGGCAGGCUUGGCUGAGAGGUGGGUUUAUGCAGAUGAGGGGGCGGUGCCUACAUGUUGAUAAUCUGGGCCGGCUGCCGCCGUGCUGGGAGCCUAGCGGUCCCGCUGCGGUCUGGACAGAGGUGGCAUCUCUCUUCCACCACCGCCCCUCGUCCCCGGGUCCCUAUCCUCCGAGGACCGCCCUCGACCUUCACCUUCACUUAUUUUCCCGUCCUCUCCCCCCGCGCCAGGGACCCCGUAUCCGAAUAUCUGCACUCGUGCCGCCCCCCGCGUUCCUCCCCUCCCGCCGCAAACCCCGCGACCUCCAGCAGCCCGCCCCCGCGGGCCCGAUCCUGCCCCGCGGCUCCCGCCGCAUCCCGCUCAGCCCUCCCGCUCUCCCGGGGCUUGCGCCACUACACCCCCCGCCGUCCGCACCGGGGCUUCCCGGUUCCCAGCUCCUCCCGCCCCCUUAGAGCCCCCUCCCCCGCCCUGGCCAGCUGACAUGCAGGUGUCUAUCGCGUGUACCGAGCAGAACCUUCGCAGCCGGAGCAGUGAGGACCGUCUGUGUGGACCCCGGCCGGGCCCCGGGGGCGGUAAUGGCGGGCCGGUCGGCGGGGGGCAUGGCAAUCCUCCGGGGGGAGGAGGGUUGGGCCCCAAGGCCCGGGCCGCACUGGUCCCCCGACCCCCAGCGCCCCCUGGGGCCCUCCGAGAGAGCACCGGCCGAGGCACUGGCAUGAAAUACAGGAACCUAGGAAAGUCUGGUCUUCGAGUAUCCUGUCUUGGCCUAGGCACCUGGGUCACAUUUGGUUCUCAAAUCUCAGAUGAGACAGCAGAGGACGUGCUGACGGUGGCCUAUGAGCAUGGUGUAAACCUGUUUGACACGGCUGAAGUGUAUGCAGCGGGGAAGGCUGAAAGAACGCUAGGCAACAUCCUCAAGAGCAAAGGAUGGAGGAGGUCAAGCUAUGUCAUCACCACCAAGAUUUUUUGGGGAGGACAGGCAGAAACGGAGCGAGGCCUGAGCCGCAAGCACAUCAUUGAGGGCUUGCAAGGAUCCCUGGACCGCCUCCAGCUGGGAUACGUGGAUAUAGUCUUCACCAACCGUUCAGACCCCAGUAGUCCAAUGGAGGAGAUUGUCCGAGCUAUGACCUAUGUCAUUAACCAGGGCCUGGCCCUCUACUGGGGGACAUCCCGAUGGGGAGCUGCGGAAAUCAUGGAGGCCUACUCCAUGGCCAGACAGUUCAAUCUGAUUCCUCCUGUGUGUGAGCAAGCUGAGCACCAUCUGUUUCAGAGAGAGAAGGUGGAGAUGCAGCUGCCAGAGCUCUACCACAAGAUCGGUGUUGGCUCAGUGACCUGGUCCCCUCUGUCCUGUGGCCUCAUCACUAGCAAGUAUGAUGGGCGGGUCCCAGAUACCUGCAGGGCCACCAUCAAGGGCUACCAGUGGCUCAAGGACAAAGUACAGAGUGAGGGCGGCAAGAAGCAACAAGCCAAAGUCCUAGACCUUCUUCCCAUUGCGCACCAGCUGGGCUGCACUGUGGCACAGCUUGCUAUUGCAUGGUGUCUCCGCAGCGAGGGUGUCAGCUCCGUUUUGCUGGGGGUGUCAAGUGCAGAGCAGCUGCUAGAACACCUGGGGGCCCUGCAGGUGCUGAGCCAGCUGACGCCGCAGACGGUGAUGGAGAUAGAUGGGCUCUUGGGGAACAAACCGCAUACCAAGAAAUAGUCCGUCGGGGGGCGCAGGCACCCGCAGCGGGGCCGCCUCACUCGCCCAGAGCGCUUCCCCGCGGCCACCCCGCCUCCCGCCGCGUCCCCCACGGCCCGCGGCCAGGGAGGCUCCACCCCUAACGAGUCCCGGCUUUCAGUAGCGAUGCGCAUGAACAAAGCCAUAUCCUCCCGCAGUGGGGCUCGAGAUGAAAAGUAGUGCGCCGCCCCCCAACCCCCUCCUCCGCUGCGUUCCUCCAGGCCUUCCUGCUAAUCCCAGGCAUGAGCUUCCGGGCUGUCCCUUCUCUGCCCUUUGGUCUCGGCUUCCUUCUCCCUUCCCCUAAUCGCUGAGGCCCGGGGGGUAAAAAAAGAAAACAAACCACAAAAAACAGGGCAGAUACAGGCAACAUGCACAUUACCUCAAAAGUGGCCCUAGAGAUGUCAUCAAGGGGUGAUAAUCUAAUAAGAAGUGAGUUGCGACGUCAUCUGGGACCAAGGAGCCGGGGCACUAGUGUUAUUCUGUACAAAGGCAGCCAGGCUGGUCCUGGCAGGAAGUAAAUGACAGUUUUGAGGGACCCUGCCUCCCGUAGAAGGUGAAGGGGAGCUUGAAAGUAGCACUAGUAUCAGUCAAUACUUUGUUCUUGCCGAGAGGGGACAUGAGGGGAAAUGCAGUGACACAGCACUGAGGCAGGUAGAGUGGUUCUUGGGGUGGCCUUGGGGAAAGAGUUGGGCUGUGCUUUGCAGGACAUGGUGACAGCCUUUAAGGGCAGGGCAGAGACCUGGGGCUGGCAUAAAAAUGCCAACCUGGAGCAGGAUUUCCUACCUAGCAGUGGAAGACUGCAGUUUUCCUCCUGGCAAUAAUCUUUUAAAGCAAUAAUGCCGGCCCCUCUUCUGUAAGACUUCCCAGGGAACUGUAAAUAAAAAUCUCAGCUUGAUCCUCAAUAACGUGUCUGAAAUUGUGGGGUUGGGAGGUUAGG